AUAAAUAUAGACUGUUGGUUGUAAAUAAGAGGCAGUACCACUGGACUUUCACAAAUCCCACUUCUGACAUCGUAGCUGCUGCUUUACAGAAAAGGCAAGAUGAUGAUGGAAAUGAGCAACAAGAAACAAAACAAAGGCUUCAAAAGCCAGUUUGCAGACAACAAGCCAAAGGAUGAGACCAGCAAUAAGACCAACAACAGAGUCUCUAGGAGCCCAUGGCUUAAGUUAGCUGGAAGUGCAGCAGGAGGACUGGGGGAGGUUUUCUUAGGGUCAAGUGUUGUGGUUUUGCAGGACAGAGAGGUCAAAGCACCAGCAGAAGACACCACCAACAGUGCACAGAAAAGACAAGAGUACAAUAUAAAAGUAGGUGUUUACAAUGCAUUCAUGCCCACACAACCAGAGCAAGGAGCUGAAGGAAGAGAUGCACAAGAGCCUGGAAAAGGAGUGACAUCGAAGGUUAAAACAGAAAGAGUCCCACCAAGGAUCCUUAUUCCAGGUCCAGCUGGAACUCACAAGUGCAUCAAAGUGCUAAAAUUAUACAGGAUUGUGUUGCUGGGGGAAGCUGGGGCUGGGAAAAGCAGCCUGGGAAACAACAUAUUUGGAGAGAAUGUGUUCAAGAUAAAUCAACCUCCUAAAUGCCGCAGAUCAAGGGAAUGUCAAGUUGAGGCCAAAUCCGUUCACGGAAGAAGAAUUAUGCUGGUUGACACUCCUGGUUUUGAUGGCACAGACGGUCCAGAGCCAGACCUGAAGGACGAGAUCCUGAGGGGUAUUACAGAGUGUGCUCAUGGGCCUCAUGCUUUUCUGAUUGUGCUCAAAGUUGAGAAAUUCACUAAUCAGAAAAAGGCUGCCAUUGAGAAAAUAUGCCAACUUUUCUCAGAAGACGCUUUUAAAUAUGCUGCUGUUGUCUUCAUUCUUGGUGACCAGCUUCCUGAAGGAAUUAAGAUCAAGAAGUUUGUGGAUCAUAAUAAGUGUCUCACUGAUUUGGUAAAGAAAUGCAGCGGUGGAUAUCAUGUCGUUGAUAACAGGUGCAACCAAGAAAAUGACUGCAACCAGCUGCAGAUCUUACAGCUGCUCAACACAAUAGAGAAGAUGGUGAUGGAAAACAAAGGAGGCUGUUACACCAGCAAGUUGUUGCAAGCAAAGAAAGAAACAGGAAACACAUCAGUGGGAAAUCUGCCACAAGCAGAGACUGAAAAUGAAGCUAACAACAGUGCCUGCAGGAACAUGUGGAUAAAAUUAUCAGGGCCUGCAGGAGACGCAGUGGCAGAAGCUUUCUUUGGACCGACUGUUGGAGUUGUGCAGGAAAUAUGUAAAGACAAAGACGAUGGAGAAAGUUCAACAGGUGCAUCGGAAAAUGAAGCAGCAAAGGUAAAAGGGAAAACAAAGAAGAAAGAGAAACUGGAGAAGAGGAAGCAACAAAUGAAUCAGAGGGGAAAAAAUCCACGAAGGAAGAAGUGCAAGUAAAAGAAGAAAGACAAGCCAGAAAAAUCAAAAUUUUAUGAAUCAACAUUUGCAGCACUCACAUCAAUCCUUUCAGCAGUGGGAUCACUAUUUGCACCUUCAGCAACUAAAUCAACACCUUCAGCAACAGGAUCAGAAGCAGCGGCCAAUUUUGUUCAGAAACUAGUGACAGCAGCAGCAGUAGGAGGAUGUGCAUGGUUUAAAGAUAAUCCCUUAUAUACAGUGGCUUAUAGAAAAAUUUAAACAACUUCUUGCUCUUUUAAGAGACCUGAAGGAGCAUGGUGGAGUCAUCCUUCUGGUGGUGGUUUUCUAUUUGUUGCUAGCAUUAUCUUUCUGUGCCAAUGUACCAGCUGCUGGAACCAUCCUGCUGUCAUUAGGAAUACUGGAAUAAUGUUCUUGUUGAUAGUUUCUUUGUUUUUGAUCAUAUAGAAUAAUAAUACUACACAGCAACCUAUGCUUGUUUUAAGUCCAGAGGACAACAACACAAAUGAUUUAAAAAGAUCAACUUGGAAAUAAUUAUAUUUGCACAGGUUAUAUAAUUCAUUCUGAUUCAUGUAGAGUUUAAAGGGAGCCUUAACAACCACUGCUAAUUCCUAGAAUGUCAAAUAAAAUGAAAUCCUCUCACAAAGACCAAGUCUGCAUGUUUUAUCCAGUGUUUUAUAAUAUAUAACUAAACCUCUGAUGACCUGGGAGCUUUUUGUUUUUUUGAAACAGCCGAGAUGUAAUUGUUUAUUUUCUAUUAUCCUGAAUUAGUAUCUUAUUUAAGACUAAACCAUUAUAGUGAUUUAAAAAACAUUGUUUCUCUACAUAUGUACUCUGUGUGGGCUUUGUAACACCUGAAGAUUCAUCAGCUGUAUAUUUUAUUUUAGUGUUUUUCUUAAAUUGAAGAGCUUCAGUUUGUGUCUCCUGCUUUUCAUAUUUUUAUUGUAUAAACAUUUCUAGAAAAAAAGGUUUCUUUUAUAAUUUAGUACAUCUGUCUUUUAACAUCAGCAGUAUAACUAUUUUAUCUAUAACACUUCUGUAUUUGACAAAUUUAGCUGGGUUAUUUUUAAUAUUCUCUGUUCAUUUGAUUUUUUGUUUUUGAGCAAAUAGUCUUCAUUUAAUAGAUUUAAAUUUAAGGAACAUUGUUUUCUUUAUUUCUUCUCUUUUAU